UUCGGUUUUUCGCGGGCGGCGAGCGAAGAUCAUUUUCCAUCUUCCACGAUCCCCGCCACCAGCAUGAGCCAGCCUGCUGUCAAGGUCAAUGCGACGGAGGUCGCCGCGCCUUUCUCGGCCGCCAUGAAGGAGUACGUCCGCACGGAGCUGCGUGGCAUCGGCCCCAAGCUCGUCGGUUUCCUCGCCAAUGACGACGAAUCGGCACGCAAGUACGCCGAGUGGACGGGCAAGGCCUGCGUCCGCGAUGGCAUCCGGUACGAGCUUCGCGAGGUGCCAAAGGAGCGUCUCCAGGAAGCUGUCGAGGACGCCAACCGAGACCCAGAAGUGCACGGCAUCCUUGUCUACUACCCGUGCUUUGGCACGUUUCCGAGCUUCUACGGCGGCACGAUGGAUGAUUUCAUCCGGGACUCGAUUUCGAUCAAGAAGGACGUCGAGGGCCUUUGCCAGUACUACCGCGGCAACCUCUACCGCAACAUCCGCUACGUGGACGACGAGCGCACGCAAAAGUGCGUCCUGCCCUGCACGCCGCUUGCGAUCGUCAAGAUCCUCGAGCACCUCAACGUGUACAACUUUGGCCAGCCCGAGGGCGAGCACUUGCUCGGCAAGCGCAUCACGAUCAUCAACCGCAGCGACAUUGUGGGCCGCCCACUCGCAGCCAUGCUUGCCAACGACGGCGCCGACGUCUACUCAGUCGACAUCAACUCUCUCUACCUCUUCCGCCGCGGCAAGCUCAUCGAGUGCAGUGAGACGCCGGCCGAAGCUGCUAAGAAGUCGCAUGUGAUCAUCACGGGCGUGCCUGUCGCGUCGUACAAGCUGCCGCUGGAGUGGGUCUCGGAAGGCACGGUCAUCAUCAACGUCGCGUCGCACAAGAACGUGGACGAGGCCGCUCUCAUGCAGAUCCCCGGCGUCAAGUACGUGCCGCUUGUCGGCAAGGUCACGGUUGCGAUGCUCGAGCGCAACCUCAUGCGCUUGUAUGAGAACUUUCACAUGAAGCCUCGCAAAAUGUGGCAGUAAGGAGAACUAAUAGAUGAAUUUUUACGAGGAAAAACCAA